AUGUUUCUCGCUCCUCAAUAUUAAAGAAGUCUGUUUGAUUUAAUGAAUAUAAAUGGGUUUCAUAAUAUUAUUGCAUUUUAUUCAGAAUUUAGUCACUUCAUAAAUACCUAAUAUCAUUUAUUGAAAGAUCAUAUCAAGUUAUAGAUAUUUGAGAUUAUGAAGUUUUUCUUGGAAAAUCCACUUGAUUAAUUGGAAGAAUGCUUCAAAAGCUUCCUAAGAACCUGCAUCAUCUAUCCUCACAACUCCAACUACACUUUUCUAUUGGAAUUCCUGAACUUUCUAUUUGAUCAACACAAACAAAUAAUAGCCAAACCAAACUUGGCCGCACUAUUAUUUUACAAAUAUCUAUUGAUUUUGAAUAUCGACGACUAUUACAAGAUACAACAAUUCCCACAUAAGAAAAUCAAUGAUCUAAUGAUUGAAAUAUGGUAACUCUACUAAUAGACGAUUUUAUCAUUUGGCAGAGAGUUGUUGAUCAAUCUCUAAACUCCCUUUCAAUAUUCAGAGUUCAACAUCUCCAUGAUAAAUUUAAAUGUAAUCAAAUAAAAUCUACCUAUAUCCCAUUUGAUCGCCAAUCAGACUACCACAACUGCAGCAUACAAGGCAAAUUACUAAUUGGCCUUGCCUUAUGAAGUGGAACAAAGAAUCGGCUUUGCAAUAUUUUCAUAGAUGCCCCUAGAGAGUAUGUCCACCUUUUUGACAAUGAUAUUCGAGAAAUACGGAUAUCAUAUCAAUUUCAUAGGAGCAAUAGUCAGAAACAUUAUUUGUGGCUACCAAUUCGAUGAAACGGAAAUAAUCCAAAACAAAAUCGCUGAUACCUUGCUAUUAAUAUACGAGAUCGCCGAUCUGUAAGGUGAGAAAUGGCCAGUCUUCUUGAAGUUCAUCUAUUCAGACAUAUUCUUUAUGACUAAAGAUUUUAAGGACGAUCACAACAUCUAGGCAGGCUUGUAUUUCUUAAGAAAACUGUACCAUAAAUAAUUAUAUAAUGAAUUGCAAGGGGCUUUGUGGUUUAUCUUUUAAACUUUCGAAGUUAACGAACAAUUGAAAAAGAAGGUCUAACCACAAUUGCUAUCAUUGAGUUCUCAUAACAUCUUUUAAAAGCUAUUGGAAGAUCAAAAUAUAAGAGAAGCAAUCAAGUGCAAAAUACACGAGUACUUCCUGAAGUUGAUCUGUAACCAAUAUCAAGGUCCUGGAGGAUUGAGUUAUGAUUAGCCCCAUACGGCAUUAUACACAGUUGACGAUUUGGAUACUCCUCAAGUAUAGUAUCUCAAUGGCAAUACAACAAACAUUGAUGACUCAAUCUUAGAUGAAUUCUAAGGGAAUUCUAUAUCAAACUAAUAAAAUGAUAUUAUGUUGGAAGAGGCCGAUGUUGCAAAUACGAUCUAAAUAGAUAUCACUUUGUAAAAGAUACUAGAAAAGGAGAAGCUCGAUGCAAUAUUUUAGAAUCCUCAGUUAGAACAAAAUCUAAUUCGAUUAUACAACUUCUUCAACAAGUCCAUUUAACCAGAUGUGAAACAUGUGUUUCUUUAAGAAUUGACCAAAAUUAUUAUCAGACUGUAUGAAGACUAAUUCUACGAUCUUGAUUAUGAAUACCCUUUUAAUUGUUUAUCCACAUUACUGUAGAUAAAUUUUAAUUAGGACAGUUUAUUGUAUGACUUAAUAAAAAGCUUGGUGUCUUCUGAGUAAUUUAGCAUUCAUUACUUGUUUUUGGUAUACUUUGAACGCAAGACAAAAUCAGUGCAUCUAGAGAAAUUGCUUAUGUAAUCGCCAGAUCAAAUAAUAAAAUCAUUUAAAAUUAUUCAAAGUUUGAUUUCAGCUCAAAGAAGUUAAGUGAUUUUUGAAGAAGUUUUAUCAAAUAACCAAUUGAACACAAGCAUAGAUUUUGUUUUCAAUCUUUUAAUGAUUACCAAUAUCUAAACCAUUUAAAAAGCAUCAAAUAGAAUUUAAAUUUUGUUCUGUUCUAAUUACAGUUCGAUUUUGUACUUCUUAAAGAAAAUUCCUCAGAUUGAAACUCUUUAGCUCUUUGGCUUUGUGGUGGAGUUAGUUUAGAAGAUAAUUAAGCUUAAUGAAAAUCAAAAGGACAUGAAUAUUCUGAUCGAUCAAAUAUUUGUUAAUAUAGAAAAUCCAAGUAAAGCAUUUUGGAUGGUGUUCACAUAGGUGUUUUAAUUAUUGUUACAAUACAAGAGAAUAUCUGAAGAGAAUUUAAUACAAUUUUUUGUGAAUUGCUUUGUAAAUUCAAAUAAAUAUUGCGAAGGCAUUGCAGAAAUAUUUUUAAUGACUCCAAAUACAUUGAAAACAUUUAUUUUCAAGGCGUUGACUAAACAUUUGGAUAAGACAAAAAACUAUGAAUCGGUGGAAUUCAUAUUAAAACAUUUGAUAAAGGAUUAAAAGAAUGUCAGUUUUAAAAACUCUCUUCAAAAUAAUUUAGAUAAUUAUAUGAAACAAUAAGAAAAAAAAUGA